AUGGACAUUGUCCAGGAACAUAAAGAAAACGAGGAGAACCGCCUUGGACCCUUCUUUCACGGCCACCUGACGUUGGAACCCCAUUCACAAAAGAAACCUAUCAAGUUGACGGAUGCGACAGUCUGGUUUGUCAAAGAUGGAAAAGAAGCUUCCCUUCUCGUCUCUGCUGGCCGAAAAAAGUACAAUAUUCCCAUCCCAACCUUUCCAAAACCAUUCACGGGACAACAUUCGUUUACGUUGAAUGUAAAACGAUAUGGAAUGGUUCGUUUACAUACCCCAGAAGGUUUGCCACAAUCAGAGUUUUACAAAUUUUGUAAGACGUUGAGUCAAUCGCCUGAUCCACUGGGAUAUUUGCCAAAGCUUGACGGGACUCUUCCACCGGUGACACCGAAAAAGUCAAGUCCUUUAGGGAAGCAUCAGAACGAGGGACGCCUGUAUCUGGAAACGCCAAAGGAGACCACUGCAUUUCCUCUGGGCCAAUUACCAAAACAUGAUGGGAGUUUUCCACCAGUAACGCCGAAAAAGCCAAGUCCUCUAAGCAAUAAGAAGGCCGAGUCACACCUUUAUCCCGAAACACCGAAAAACUCUAUUCUAUCGGGUUUUGUUCCAAAGAAUACCCUAUCAUCUCGUGUGGACUCGUUUAUAAAUAAACGGAAACAAGAAACCUAUUCCCUCCGUCCGCCCGGCCUACUCACUCCCCCAGAUGAAACACGAAAAACAUGGACUCCCUCAAACUUUUACGGCAUAAAAAACAACUAUGCAACAAACUUGGAUGGCUCCCCAUCUAAAGUGGAUGGAAUAAAGAACGCGGGACAGACUUGUUAUAUGGCCGCAACGAUCCAAAUGCUUUAUUUCUCGCCGUUCAAAGCCAAACUCCACAACGCAGCCCGUAGGACCCCGGACACACAAAUAUGUUACGCGUUAUCCGAAAUAUUUCGUAAGAGAGAUGAGAGAAAACUCGUUAGUGUGGCUGCUUUGAAGCGCCGCUUGGGUGCUGUUUCUCCUCGAUUUGCGCAUGACCAUCAAGAGGAUGCACAAGAAUUUCUGUUGGAAUUGUUUAGUGAGUUGAAACGUGAGGCGAUGGGGGUUGGACUUGCUGCUUGUCCGGUUGAUUCAACGUUUUAUUGGCUGGCCGAGAGAACGACAAGAUGUAAAACAUGCGGUAAAACGUCCAUCUCAUCCGAAACGUAUGCUACUCUACCCUUGGAUCUUUUGGAACAAGGCCGGGAGUACCACCUGCAUACCCUCAUCAAAGAAUUUUUCAAGCACGAACAAGUGACACUCGACUGCGGUACAUGUCACGCAACGCUUGCAGACUCCUUUUACCGAAUCAGGACCCUUCCACCCGUCAUGGUGGUCCAUGUCAAGCGGUUUGGUGUUGUCGAGGACAUGAAAAUACAGAAACGGAAUGAUAUCGUCGAAAUUCCGUUGUGCGUUUCGUUUGAUGCGUAUGGACGUGAUGACAAGGGCUUUCGGGAUGGCGAUGUGGAUGCCCUGUUAAGCGUAAAGGGACAACAAGACCAUAGAUCGACUGGUGAUGCAUUACUGCAUGCCUCGCCUGUCAAAAACAGCGUACAUACGAAUGAGAAUGCCCUUGAACGAUCCGGACGAUAUUUUUUACAGAGCAUUAUAUCGCAUUUAGGAUCCGAGCCCAUGAGCGGGCAUUAUGUAACGGAUGUGUAUGAUAGAACCAAAAGCUCUUGGACGUGUUUUGAUGAUACGGCUGUAACGGAGGGGUUGACGAGUGUUGAGAAGCGGCGGGAACGGUCUGCGUAUCUCCUUGCAUAUAUUCAUGAAUCUGCAUGUAUGUAG